UAGCUCGAGCGGAUCGUCGUUCAGGCCAGAUGAGUCGAGUGCAGAUCGAGUCGUUUUGUCAUUUCUGCAGUAUGGCGGAGGACAAGGAUCCAGUGACCCAACUGAAGGAUCUUGUUCAUCUCAAAGACCAGCUGGAGGAGAUCCAGAAGAAGGUGGAGAAUGAGGUUCAAGCAGGAGUCCCACAGGGUGGCUCAUUAUUAGCAUCUCCAUUUCUGAAAGGCUUUCUGGCCGGGUAUGUGGUGUCCAGACUGCGUUCGUCGGCUGUCCUCGGAGUGGCUUUGGGUACGCUGAGCGGGAUCUUCGCCGCUCAGAACUAUCAGGUGCCCAACAUUGAGGCCACUCUACGAGACGUUCUGAACUCGCUGAAGAAAAGACCUGGAGAAUAA